UCCUCCGGCACUCAGCAGUGGAGGGACUGUGGCAGUAGCGGCGGGUGCCUCUCACCCUCCCACGUUCCGCUUCCAGUAACCGACACCGCACCGCCGAUGCGCCCAGCCGCCAUCACACCCGGUUCCCUCACACCUCUGCCGAAAGCUCGUACUGUCACCAGGGCUUUCCUGUCAACAUCACCUCGCGUCUGAAAAACACUUCUCACACUCUGGACUUCGCCUAAAAAGUAGUACUUUUACCCUCCGUUUCUGAAUGACGGGCGGUCGGUUCGACUUUGACGAUGGUGGCACCUACUGCGGAGGCUGGGAGGACGGCAAAGCCCACGGCCACGGCGUGUGCACGGGACCUAAGGGCCAGGGCGAGUACGCGGGCUCCUGGUCCAGCGGUUUCGAGGUGGUCGGCGUCUAUACCUGGCCCAGCGGGAACGUGUACCAGGGCUACUGGGCGCAGGGGAAACGCCACGGACUCGGCGUAGAAAACAAGGGGAGGUGGAUUUAUCGGGGAGAGUGGACUCACGGGUUCAAGGGCCGGUACGGAGUCCGGCAGAGCCAGAACACACCGGCCAGGUACGAGGGCACCUGGAGCAACGGACUGCAGGACGGCUACGGCGUGGAGACGUACGGUGAUGGAGGCACGUAUCAGGGUCAGUGGACUGGUGGGAUGCGUCAUGGCUACGGUGUACGUCAAAGUGUUCCCUAUGGUAUGGCCUCGGUCAUCCGCUCGCCUCUCCGAACCUCUCUGGCUUCCCUCCGUAGUGAACAGAGUAACGGUACAAUACUGCGCGACAGCCUGUCUGACAGCCCCGCUGGCACACGUGGUGGCUUCGUGCUCAACUUCCACUCAGAUGGAGAGGGUUCAGAGAAGAAGAAGGGUCUUUUCCGGCGCGGCUCCCUCUUCGGCAGCCUUCAGCGACUGCGCAAAUCAGACUCACGCUCAUCGAUUUCCAGUAAGCGCAGCUCAGCGCACAGUGACACCACCAUGAGCCGCAUCAGUUCCAGCGACGCCAACUCCACCAUUAGCUUUGGAGACGGAGACCCAGGCGAUGACUACCUGACUCAGGAGGACAAUGUGGAUGCCACCACCACAGAGUCCUACAUGGGCGAGUGGAAGAAUGACAAGCGCAGCGGCUUCGGUGUCUCCGAGCGCUCCAAUGGCAUGAAGUACGAAGGUGAGUGGUUGAACAAUAAGCGCCACGGCUAUGGAUGCACCAUCUUUCCUGAUGGCACCAAGGAAGAAGGGAAGUACAAGAACAACGUGCUGGCCCGAGGCAUCAGGAAGCAGCUGAUCCCACUGAAGAACACCAAGACCAAACAGAAAGUGGAUCGAGCCAUCGAGGGAGCAGUAAGAGCAGCGGCCAUCGCCAGAACCAAAGUGGAGAUUGCCAUCUCCAGGACGUCUCAUGCUCGGGCCAAAGCAGAGGCUGCAGACCAGGCUGCACAGUCCGCUAUUCAGGAUUCGGACAUUGCCAGAGCCGUGGCCAGAGAGCUCUCCCCAAGCUUCCAUCAGCCAGGCCCUGACUACAUACGGCAGAAGUAUAAUGAGCCAGUAGAGGUGAAGGAGGCUCCUGUGGAGGAGAAAAAGGAAAAGUCUCCAUCAGGGAGCCCUCAUUUCUAUCGGAAAGGAACAACACCAACCCAGUCUCCGUCUCAGAGCCCAGGUCCCAGCCCCACUCCUUCACCCACUGCUGUUAAGAAGACCUUUUUCACCAAUAAAACUCCAGCCAACAUCGCUCCUGCAAGGCCUGCUGGGAAGGAGAACAGAACCCCAACAGCUGAGGCUUUGACAACAGGCAUAACAAAGGCAGCAUCAAAACUUUCUCUCAGACAGGAAGUGAAGCAACAGGAAGCUCCUCCAGUAGGCAAACCAACUGUUACAACGACAAUCAGCAGUUACCCCAGCAAUGGGCAGAUUCACUCUCAGUACCACGGUUACUAUGUCAAAGCGGAUGUCAAGAGUCCGCUACCUGAUGAACCAAUGGACGUAGAGGACGACUUUCAUCCAUCAAGCCUUGCACGGUUGCCGCCACCUGCCAAACAGAUUCAGACGCCAGCGCCAAAAUCUCUGCCGGCCCCUAGUCCUUCACCAGUUCCACCAAAAGAGAGCACCAAAGCACCGGAGCCUUCGAAGCCAAAAAGACUGGAAUCAAGCAAACCAAAGAACCUCGCAGAAACCAAGAAAGCUAGUAUGGAAAUCGCUCCUGAAAUUGUAGAAGAGGAGUCGGGCCCGAACUCCAUAUUGGUGGCUCUGGUGAUGCUGUUGAAUGUAGGUCUAGCAAUCAUUUUUGUCCAUUUCCUCACCUGACCAAAUCUCAACUCAGUGGACUCAACCAAACGAGCCGCCCGAGCUGCUAAUCCCCCCACAUCAGCCAAAGGGGCCUUUUAAAAAAAAUAAAAUGACAGUGGCAGUCAGAGCGGCAGUGGCGGGCAAAACUGACUGAAAAUAGACUAGUGAAGGAGGAGGUGGAGGA